GUUCCGAAGGCCAUGAUCAUGGGACGUCCUUGGAAGUGUUGGAGGGCUGGGGGGUACAGGUUUGAGGAGCCGAUCGGGAACAAGGAAGGUAGGGCUGUCAUCAAGGGUAUGAGCCUAAAACUUCGGGACCCCAGCCAGCACCACAAGAGACACCUCGUCCUUGUCGACAACCUCGGUGUAGCCCUUUGUUUCUCAAGAGGGCGCGCGGCGUCCUUCGGGCUUCUGCUGUUGGUCCGCCGUCUGGCUGCCCUCUCGAUUGCGACGGGUGCAUGGGUGGCGCUCCGCUGGAUCCCGAGCGAGUGCAAUCCUGCCGACGAGCCGUCCCGCCUCUUCGAGAAGCUCAGGGAGGCGCGGGCUGCGCUGUAUGAAGCGCCUCCGGCGGGAGCAGAGCUUGGUGGCCUGUCAAGCAGCCGCCGCGCCAUCGACUUCCUUCGGAGCCGCUGGAACCCGUCAGGGGGAAAAGCGGAGGACGGAGGGCUACGUGCCUGCGAGCUCGCGACGGUCGGCACCAAGGGCUCGGCCGCCUACCAGUACUUCGAGAGCCGUUUCCUCGAGUGGCAGCGGCGCCGAGGCAGGGCCACCGACAACCACGACGAGAUCGAGGUGAACCUGUUAGACUACCUCGACGGGCUCCUGGUCGACAACGUGAAGCUCACCCACGCCGAGAAGACGGUGUACGGCCUGCUGUACAGAACCCUCCCUGGGAAAAUACGGGACUACCCUCGGCUCCAACGGGCUCUCAAGGGGUACCGAACGCGACUCCCACCUACCAGCAGGAUGCCGCUGCCGAUCGAGGUGAAGUCGGGCAUCUGCGCCCUUCUGCUCCACGACGGUGAGCGGUCCACGGCCCUCUACGUUGAGGCCGUGUUCUCGGGGUCCUUCCGUCCUGGGGAGCCCCUCCGUGCGAAGGUGGGCGAUCGGGUGAAGCCAGGGGUGUCAGAGGAGGCUGCGUUGAAGUGUUGGUCCCUGAUCGUGGCGCCUGAAGAACGUCUGCAGCCGUCAAAAACCCAGACCUUCGACGACACCGUCAUCUUCGACUACCCCGAGUGGUUGGGCGAGGUGCUGGGUCCCUGGGCUGCGCACGCAGCGGGCGACCGUGAGCUUUUUCCGCUGGAGGCCGUUAGGGUCGCCCGCCUUUUCCAAGCUGCCGCCGCCAGACUGGGCGUCGAAGCGUCCUUGUAUCAGCUGCGCCACGGCGGCGCCUCGGACGAUCUGCUGAAGAG